GAUCAAAACAUUUGCUGAACAGUCGACUCAGAGACCAGUAAAAAUAAACUCCAACUCGAGCAUCAUUUGACUUGGUUAGUCAGUUGCUGAUGUAUAUUCAAGAUGAGUGGAUUAGGAGAAAACUCCUUGGAUCCCCUGACCACUGAUUCACGAAAACGCAAAUUGCCCUGUGAUACCCCAGGGCAAGGUCUUACCUGCAGUGGUGAAAAGUGGAGAAGGGAGCAGGAGAGUAAAUACAUUGAAGAAUUGGCCGAACUGAUAUCUGCUAAUCUUAGUGAUAUUGACAAUUUCAAUGUCAAACCAGAUAAAUGUGCAAUUUUAAAGGAAACAGUAAGACAGAUACGUCAAAUAAAAGAGCAAGGAAAAGCUAUUUCCAAUGACGAUGAUGUUCAGAAAGCUGAUGUAUCUUCUACAGGACAGGGAGUUAUUGAUAAAGACUCCUUAGGACCACUUUUACUUCAGGCAUUGGAUGGUUUCCUAUUUGUGGUGAAUCGAGAUGGAAACAUUGUAUUUGUGUCAGAAAAUGUCACACAAUACCUGCAGUAUAAACAAGAGGACCUGGUCAACACAAGUGUCUACAGUAUCUUACAUGAAGAAGACAGAAAGGAUUUUCUUAAAAACUUGCCGAAAUCUACAGUUAAUGGAGUUACCUGGACAAAUGAGACACAGAGGCAAAAGAGCCAUACAUUUAAUUGCCGUAUGUUGAUGAAAACACCGCAUGAUGUACUGGAAGACAUAAGCCCCAGCCCUGAAAUGCGCCAGAGAUAUGAAACAAUGCAGUGCUUUGCCCUGUCCCAACCACGAGCUAUGAUGGAGGAAGGGGAAGACUUGCAAUCCUGCAUGAUCUGCGUGGCACGCCGCAUUACUACAGCAGAAAGAGUGUUUCCAUCAAAUCCCGAAAGCUUCAUUACUAGACAUGAUCUUUCAGGCAAAGUUGUCAAUAUAGAUACAAAUUCUCUGAGAUCCUCCAUGAGGCCUGGCUUUGAAGAUAUAAUCCGACGGUGUAUCCAGAGAUUUUUUAGUCUUAACGAUGGGCAGUCAUGGUCCCAGAAACGUCAUUAUCAAGAAGUUACUACUACUGAGAUAUUUUUCCCAAUAGCUUACAUCCAUGGCCAUGCAGAAACCCCAGUGUAUCGAUUCUCUUUGGCUGAUGGAACUAUAGUGACUGCACAAACCAAAAGCAAACUCUUCCGAAACCCUGUAACAAAUGAUCGUCAUGGCUUUGUCUCAACCCACUUUCUUCAAAGAGAACAGAAUGGGUAUAGACCAAACCCAAAUCCUCUUGGACAAAGCAUUAGACCUCCUGUAGCUGGAUGCAAUAAUUCAGUAGGUGGCAUGAGCAUGUCACCAAACCAAGGCUUACAGAUGCUGAGCAGCAGGACCUAUGGCCUGACAGACCCCAGCACCACAGGGCAGAUGAGUGGAGCUAGGUAUGGGGGCUCCAGUAACAUUGCUUCAAUGAACCCUGGGCCAGGCAUGCAGUCACCAUCUUCCUACCAGAACAACAACUAUGCUCUCAGCAUGAGUAGCCCCCCACACGGGAGUCCUGGUCUUGGCUCCAACCAGCAGAAUAUCAUGAUUUCUCCUCGUAGUCGUGGGAGUCCAAAGAUGGCCUCACACCAGUUUUCUCCUGUUGCAGGUGUACACUCUCCCAUGGGAUCUUCUGGCAAUACUGGGAGCCACAGCUUUUCCAGCAGCUCUCUCAGCGCCCUGCAGGCUAUCAGUGAGGGCGUGGGGACUUCUCUUCUAUCUACUCUCUCUUCACCAGGCCCCAAGUUGGAUAACUCUCCCAAUAUGAAUAUAACCCAGCCAAGUAAAGUGAACAGCCAGGAUUCCAAGAGCCCUCUAGGCAUAUAUUGUGACCAGAAUCCAGUAGAGAGUUCAAUGUGUCAGUCAAAUAGCAGGGAUCACCUCAGUGACAAAGAAAGUAAAGAGAGCAAUGUAGAAGGGUCAGAUAAUCAAAGAGGUCCUCUGGAAAGCAAAGGUCAUAAAAAAUUACUGCAGUUACUUACCUAUUCUUCGGAUGACCGAGGUCAUUCCUCCUUGACCAGCUCUCCCCUGGAUUCGAGUUGUAAAGACUCAUCCCUUAGCGUCACCAGCCCUUCUGGAGUCUCGUCUUCUACUUCUGGAGGUGUGUCCUCCACAUCCAAUAUGCAUGGGUCACUGUUGCAAAAGAAACACAGAAUUUUGCACAAGUUGCUACAGAAUGGGAAUUCGCCAGCUGAAGUAGCCAAGAUUACAGCAGAAGCAACUGGGAGAGACACCAAUAGUACAACUUCUUGUGGGGAAGGGAAUGUCAAGCAGGAGCAGCUAAGUCCUAAGAAGAAAGAAAAUAAUGCGCUUCUUAGGUAUCUGCUAGACAGGGAUGAUCCUAGUGACACCCUCUCUAAAGAGCUACAGCCCAAAGUGGAAGGCAUUGAUAGUAAAAUGAGUCAAUGUGGCAGCUCUGCCAUUCCUAGCUCGAGUCAAGAAAAAGACUCUAAAAUCAAGACAGAAACAAAUGAAGAGGGACCUGGAGACUUGGAUCAUCUAGAUGCUAUUCUUGGUGAUCUGACUAGUUCUGACUUUUACAAUAAUUCCGUAUCCACAAAUGGUAGUAGUAAUCUGGGAAGCAAGCAACAGAUGUUUCAAGGAACUAAUUCUCUUGGUUUGAGAAGUCCACAGUCGCUGCAGUCCAUUCGUCCUCCGUAUAACCGAGCAGUGUCUCUAGAUAGCCCGGUGUCUGUUGGCUCAAGCCCUCCAGUGAAGAGUAUCAGUGCUUUCCCCAUGUUACCAAAGCAACCCCUGUUGGGUGGGAAUUCAAGAAUAAUGGAUAGUCCAGAAAAUUAUGGCUCAAAUAUGGGUAUGCUAUUUCUUAUUAACCUUACAUUUAAAUUCUGUCAUUUGUACUUUCUCUUCUCUGCUACUUUAUUUAUACUUGGAGUAUUUGAGUUAUUAUUGUACAUUAAAGUACUGCUUACGGUUACUAUAAUUUUUUUUUUUUUUUUUAAAGCAAGUACCAUUGAAAUUGAUUGCAAAUGUCUUUUUAGGCCACUUCUUAGGAAUUCCCUGGAUGAUAUCCUUGGGCCACCUUCUAAUCUAGAAGGCCAGAGUGAUGAAAGAGCAUUGCUGGACCAGCUGCACACACUCUUAAGCAACACAGAUGCCACAGGCCUGGAAGAAAUUGAUAGAGCUUUGGGCAUCCCUGAACUUGUAAAUCAAGGACAAGCUUUGGAGCCCAAACAGGAACCUUUUCAAGGCCAAGAAGCAGCAGUCAUGAUGGAUCAGAAGGCAGCAUUAUACGGGCAGACAUACCCAGGACAGGGGCCUCCAAUGCAAGGAGGCUUUAAUCUUCAGGGACAAUCAUCAUCUUUUAACUCUAUGAUGAAUCAGAUGAGCCAGCAAGGCAGUUUUCCUCUCCAAGGAAUGCAUCCGAGGGCCAACAUCAUGAGACCCCGGACAAACACCCCCAAGCAGCUUCGGAUGCAGCUUCAGCAGAGACUGCAGGGCCAGCAGUUUUUGAAUCAGAGCCGUCAGGCACUUGAAAUGAAAAUGGAAAAUCCCACUGCUGGGGGUGCUGCGAUGCUGAGGCCCGUGAUGCAGCCUCAGCAGGGCUUUCUCAAUGCCCAGAUGGUUGCCCAGCGCAGCAGAGAGCUGCUCAGUCAUCACUUCCGACAGCAGAGGGUGGCGAUGAUGAUGCAGCAGCAGCAGCAGCAGCAACAGCAAACCCAGGCCUUUAGCCCACCCCCUAACGUGACUGCUUCCCCCAGCAUGGAUGGGGUUUUGGCAGGACCUGUGAUGCCAGAAGCUCCACCACAGCAGUUUCCAUACCCACCAAAUUAUGGAAUGGGCCAACAACCUGAUCCAGCCUUUGGUCGAGUGUCUAGUCCUCCCAAUGCAAUGAUGUCAUCAAGAAUGGGUCCCUCCCAGAACCCCAUGAUGCAGCAUCCUCAGACUGUACCAAUGUAUCAGCCCUCGGAAAUGAAGGGCUGGCCAUCGGGCAACCUGGCCAGGAACAGCUCCUUUUCCCAGCAGCAGUUUGCCCCCCAGGGGAAUCCCGGGGCUUAUAGUAUGGUGCACAUCAAUGGAAGCAGUGGUCACAUGGGACAGAUGAAUAUGAACUCGAUGCCCAUGCCUGGCAUGCCCAUGGGUCCUGAUCAGAAAUAUUGCUGACAUCUCUACACCAGGACCUCCAAGGACAUCACUUAUACAAAUGACAAUGCACUCGAAUUAUCAGGAGGUAAAGAAUCAUUGUUUCAGGCAUCCAGCCUUGAAGAAAGGACCAGCUUCGAUCUCUGUCAGGGGUAUUCCAAGUGAUGUCAUUUGAGCAGGGCUGAGUUUUAAGCUGAAGUGCAAUAUCUACCUGAUUUUUUUUCCCCCCUCCUAUGUAUCAUGGUGUUAACAGACAAAUAUUUUUGGCAUUCUGCCUCCUAGGGAUGUAAUUCUGGAGAAUACGGAGUGUUCCUGAUCAUGAAACCCUCCAGUGUCACUUCAUUCUGUCUUGCUAUCCAAAGUCUUUCAAAUGCUUGGUGGGCCAGAGAACAUCAGAGAAACCAUGAGCGUUGAAAACAUGUUUUCUCUAGUUGCAGUGUUGGACAAAGAACAUAGUCUCAGCCUUUAAGUAUUUUUGUCACUACCAGGUAGUCCCGUAUUGGCCUUUUGUCCUAGUGGAAUUGGCAUUUCUGAGGUCUUUUAAUUAUAGUGUUGAAUUGCUCAUUCCCUAUUCUUUGCUGUCCUUGGCUUUCUCCUAACUAGGAUUUUCAUUUGCUCCUAAUGUCUUGUAAUACUUAACCUCCAGGAAUUGUCAUUGAUAUCAAGUGGCUUUGCAGAAGGGAAAGUGAGAUGACAGUAUUUAAUUGCAGCAGUAGCAAAUUUUUCACAUGUUAAUGUGCAGCCGAGUGCACUUUAUUUAAAAAGUAACGGAUAAAUGCAAUAUUCUUGAGGUCUUGAGGAAUGGUGAAACCCCAUUCCUGGUUUUUUGUCUAAAUGAAACAGUAGGACAAGAACUGUGAUUUUGAAAGUACUGGUGUCACCCUUUGCCUAUAUGGUAGAGCAAUAAUAGUUUUUGAAAAUAAACUUCAGCAAACCCAAGGCCAGGUACUGCAUUCUGAAUCAGAAUUUCGCAGUGUUUCUGUGAAUAGGUUUUCUGUGUAAAUACGACCUUUAAGAUACUGUAUUAUGUAAAAUAUGUAUAUACUUCUUUUUGUAGGUCACAACAACUCAUUUUUGCAGAGUUUGUGAAGCAGAAUAUUUAACAAUGUUGAUUUCAGUAAGCUCUUCGUGGUGAGGUUACAAACGAGUGAAUGCCCCUCAGCUUAGCAGCCUGGGGGAGGGGACGCUGGUCCACAGCGUUUCCUUUGCUCCUGGAUGCCUCAGAUGCCUCACUCUUCUCUGUUUCUUAAUCUAAAUCUAAUUUUUUUUUUAAAGAGAUCAUUUGUUUAGGUGUCUGCAGUUGCAUUUUUUUCUUUUUAAUUCCUCUGCCAUAACUAAGCACUUUGUUAAUUUUGGGGGAAAGACUAGAGAUGGGUAGAUAACCUUUUUAAAAAAGGUAUCAGGAAUUAAAAAAAAAAUAAAACCAAGCAAUUUGAUCUUUAAAAAAAAAGAAAAAUCUUUUGGAUUUUAAAUGGUCCAUAAAUUAAACAAUAGCAAUUCAUAGUUUUUUUUUUUUUUAAAAUCGAGUAUGUUGCUUUUUCAUCAUUUUAGUUCUUUUAGAUUGUGGUUGUUAUGACCUGAAUCCCACGUUGACAUCUCGCCACAUUGAGAUCUUAAGUAGACUCCUUCACGUGUGGCUUCCAGUGUCUGUGCUGCUGUCUUGUCAUUCUGCUCUUGUGAUGUCUCACUACGUCUCUGUGGGAUAGAAUUGUGUCAUCGUUAUUUCCCACAGAGCUCAGUCCCCAAAUCAGCCAUAGUCUAAUUGGGUGCCGUUGCACCCUCCUUUUCAGCCCCCUGCCACUUUCUGCUGUUGCUACUCCUUGGCACCUACGGUUGUCAUUUGGGAGUAGGGGGAAAAAGUCAAGUUUAAUUCCCUUUAUCUGGGUUACUUAUGUGGUUCAAACAGUUGAAUGAAAUUGGGAUUUUGGAAUGUCUAUGGAUUUCAAAUGUCUGUGCAGUGUCUUUUUCUAGCAAUAAUUGAGAGCCAGUUGAUUUUUUUUUAGAUUAAUUUAUUUUAAACAUGUUUAGCCAAUAUUUCUAGAAGUCUCUGAAGGUAAGAUCAUUUAAUUUCUUUAACUUGCUUAUGAAUCAGUGAAAUCUGGUAUUUUCAGAACCAUCACUAGAAUGGAUUUUAUUUUCCUGACAGUGUGUACACAAUUAUGAGUUUGCCCCUUCUACCCCCACCCCAGUCAAAAGUAAAUUUAAGACGGUAACUCCGUCAGCUUCCAUCAUAGUGGCCUGUACUUUUUGGCUAACACAUUCUGCGCUUGUUGGAAGACAGAGGCAAACCGAGGAAGAGUCUGUGUCUUUUUAGACACAGCUGUGUCAUGUGUAUCUGAACUUCCCUUGUUUAAGUCUUAUGUAUGUGGGGAGAGAUAGAACGGUGCUCUUACCUUUCUUGACUUUUAAAAAUUAUUAAAAACAAACAAAUAAACCCCCAAAAGUUUUGUGAUUCUUUUCCUCAGUCCUGACUCCAGGCUAACUGGAAGGCAGCAUCCUUUUUUAUAUGGACAAAAACGAAGUUUAGUAUAAGUUUUUAUAUUUUCUACUUGUUCAUUUUAUUGGUGUACACUUAAGAUUUUGAUUUUCUUUUAAUAGAUGCAAUCUUUGAGGUAAUUUGUUGUUUUUACCUUUAUUGCCCUUUUAUCUUUUUUGAAUAAUUCUUUUUGUACUCCUACUGCUACCUCCCCACCCACUCCUCUCAUUUUUCUAUAAACCUUGGUAUCUGUUGGGUGAACGGUUUAAGUAAUCUUUUCAUUUGCUUUUAGAAUGUGGAAUAUUUCCAGUACUUACUUUUUGCUGAAUCCAAAGAUAUAUAAGUAUAUAAUAUAUAUAUUUUAUAAAGAUCAAAAUGAUAUAAAGGGAGAUACAUGUUUCUUCCUUUAAAAAACAAAUAGAAAUUGUAUUGUUAAUGUUCAUGUUAUGGUGACACUUUUCUAAAUUGUGCAUCUGGAUUGAAAGGUAUAAAUAUCAGUAAACAGUACUACUUUAUCAGUAUUUAAUAUCUAAGGUGAGUUGGGGGUACAUAGGGGUAGGGUUCUACAGGAGAUAAUUGGUUUGCUGUCAUAGAAUUUGUUUGAUCCAGAAGUAUCUUCAGCUGGAAAGUAAACAGAAUGGAUUGCCAGUUACCCAUAUGCCUGUCCAGUUCCCUUUUGAUUUGCAGAAGCCAUGAGUUUUGUUCACAAGUGAGAGAUUCAGUGGAGCAAAACCUUUAGAGUAGGUGAAAAUUUCCCCUGCAAGGGAACAAGAGCUGUUUUCCAGCUCUGAGGCAAACUGUUUAAUUAUGAGCAGGGUGUUUUCUUUUUCUUUCUCUCUCUCUCAAAUAUAUGGAAUUUUGAAGAAGAUGGAAAUGUCAUUCUGGGAGCAAUAUUUAAAUUCUCAGGAAUUGACUUGUAGUAUCGAGAAUGAAUUGUUUCAAUCAAGUUUACAUUAAGUGUCGCUUGAAAAAAAAGGCUAAAUCAUUCUUUACACUGCAAAGACUCCAGACCACAUGGGAUAACUUAUGAGAUGGUUUGGUGGUAAGCUAUGACUGCUUUGCUGAUAGUUUUGGAUGUCAUUGUAAAUAAAGGUUUCUAUUUAAAAUUGGAACCUAAGAGCUUGCUUGCUUUUUUUUUUUUUAAAAAUUAAAUCUUUGUUGGAUAGAGG